AUGUCUGACCCUAACCGCCCUCCAUCCCGCGAUUCCACCAAGUCCGGAAGCUCUAGCAGCUCCAAGAAGUCUGCAGCUUCUAAUAGCUCUAAGAAGUCUCAAAUUUCUAACACGUCCGGGAAGUCCAAGGCCUCUAACCAGUCUGGAGAUUCCAAAGAGUCUAAGGACUCCUAUUACUCCAAUUCCAACUUGGAUCCGAGCCACCCGGGUAGGGUGGUAAAUACCGCGUCUGCGAGGCGCCAGGUCGCCGAAGCCCCUAAUAAGAGGCCCAAGGUUGCACCCGUGGGAGGCGGGAAGAGGGGGAAGCUUAGCGACUACCCGGAAACGAUCGCGAACAGAGAGAAACUGCCUCUGCAAGCGAAGAGCCCGUAG